UUUGCUCCUGCUCCGUCCCGCUGCCGCCACUGCCGCCGCUGCUGCUGCAAGAGCUGGUGGUGGCGACUUUCAGGAUAGAUCGAGGAAACCGAGACCUAAGGAGACAGAGGGAUAGCUUCUUUUGCAUUCUGUCUUUAUUUUCUUUUUUUCCUCGAUCGUGACAAGCUUGUUUUAAUCAGUCUUUCUCCAUGAGGGUCUCCGCCAGGCGGCCAGAGCUCAUCGCUGAGAUGUGUUACGUUCUCCUCUCCCCAUCAAUUAUGGAUGGAAACAAAUAAGGAAGAGUCAAUUUUGCAUGAGCCCCUUCUCGGGCGGCGAGAGGCGUCCUGCAGCCGGGAGGGAGCCGCCGAUAGCGUCCGCAGCCCCCUGGCAAGGCCAUGCUGAUGACCAAGGUAGUUAAGUGGGACUUCUGAGGAGGUGCGGCUCUGACUUCACCAAGGCCCACCAUGAGGUUCUUCCUGCUUUAUGUCUACAUGUUGCUCCUGAGGAUUUUCCAGCUGAGGGCAGUCAGCUUUCCCGAAGACGAUGAGCCUCUAAAUACUGUUGACUUCCACUAUUCAAGGCAAUAUCCAGUUUUUAGAGGACGCCCUUCAGGCAAUGAAUCGCAACACAGGCUGGACUUUCAGCUGAUGUUGAAAAUUCGAGACACACUUUAUAUUGCUGGCAGGGAUCAAGUUUAUACAGUGAACUUAAAUGAAGUCCCCAAAACAGAAGUCAUACCAAACAAGAAGCUGACGUGGAGAUCAAGACAACAGGAUCGAGAAAACUGUGCUAUGAAAGGCAAACAUAAAGAUGAAUGCCACAACUUUAUCAAAGUAUUUGUUCCAAGAAAUGAUGAGAUGGUUUUUGUCUGUGGCACCAAUGCAUUCAAUCCCAUGUGUAGAUACUAUAGGUUGAAUACCUUAGAGUAUGAUGGGGAAGAAAUUAGUGGCCUGGCAAGAUGUCCAUUUGAUGCCAGACAAACCAAUGUUGCCCUGUUUGCUGAUGGGAAACUAUAUUCUGCCACAGUGGCUGACUUCUUGGCCAGUGAUGCUGUGAUUUAUCGAAGCAUGGGUGAUGGAUCUGCCCUUCGCACAAUAAAAUAUGAUUCCAAGUGGAUAAAAGAGCCACACUUUCUCCAUGCCAUAGAAUAUGGAAACUAUGUCUAUUUUUUCUUUCGAGAAAUCGCGGUGGAGCAUAAUAAUUUAGGCAAAGCUGUGUAUUCCCGAGUCGCCCGCAUAUGUAAAAAUGACAUGGGUGGCUCCCAGCGGGUUCUAGAGAAACACUGGACUUCGUUUCUGAAGGCUCGUCUUAACUGUUCCGUCCCUGGAGAUUCGUUUUUCUACUUUGAUGUUCUGCAGUCUAUUACAGACAUAAUACAAAUCAAUGGCAUCCACACUGUGGUUGGGGUGUUUACCACACAGCUGAACAGCAUUCCUGGUUCUGCAGUCUGUGCAUUUAGCAUGGAUGACAUUGAAAAGGUAUUCAAAGGACGUUUUAAAGAACAGAAAACUCCGGAUUCUGUUUGGACAGCAGUCCCUGAAGACAAAGUGCCAAAGCCAAGGCCUGGCUGUUGUGCAAAACAUGGCCUUGCUGAAGCUUACAAAACCUCCAUCGACUUUCCUGAUGAAACCCUGUCAUUCAUCAAAUCCCACCCCCUCAUGGACUCAGCUGUUCCACCCAUUGCCGAUGAGCCCUGGUUCACAAAGACAAGGGUCAGGUACAGAUUGACAGCCAUUGCCGUGGACCGUUCUGCAGGGCCCUACCAGAACUACACAGUCAUCUUUGUUGGCUCUGAAGCUGGCGUGGUACUUAAAGUUUUGGCAAAGACCAGUCCUUCCUCUUUGAAUGACAGCGUGUUACUGGAAGAGAUUGAAGCUUACAACCAAGCAAAGUGCAAUGCUGAGAAUGAGGAAGACAAAAAGGUCAUCGCACUGCAGUUGGAUAAAGACCACCAUGCUUUGUACGUGGCAUUCUCUAGCUGUGUUGUCCGUAUCCCCCUCAGCCGCUGUGAGCGGUAUGGAUCAUGUAAAAAGUCUUGUAUUGCAUCUCGUGACCCAUACUGUGGCUGGUUAAGCCAGGGAGCCUGUGGGAGAGUCACUCUGGGGAUGUUCGCUGGAGGAUAUGAGCAAGACACAGAAUAUGGCAACACGGCCCAUCUAGGGGACUGCCAUGAAAUUUUGCCUACUUCAACUACACCAGAUUACAAAAUAUUUGGCGGUCCAACAUCUGACAUGGAGGUAUCUUCAUCUUCUGUUACCACAGUGGCAAGUAUCCCAGAAAUCACACCUAAAGUGAUUGGUACCUGGAGACCUAAACUGACGAGCUCCCGGAAAUUUGUAGUUCAAGAUGACCCAAACACUUCUGAUUUUACUGAUCCUUUAUCAGGUAUCCCAAAGGGUGUACGAUGGGAAGUCCAGUCCGGAGAAUCUAACCAGAUGGUCCACAUGAAUGUCCUCAUCACCUGUGUCUUUGCUGCUUUUGUUUUGGGUGCAUUUAUUGCAGGUGUGGCAGUUUACUGCUAUCGUGACAUGUUUGUUCGGAAGAACAGAAAGAUCCAUAAAGAUGCAGAAUCUGCCCAGUCGUGCACAGACUCUAGUGGAAGCUUUGCCAAACUGAAUGGUCUCUUUGAUAGCCCAGUCAAGGAAUACCAACAGAAUAUUGAUUCCCCCAAACUCUACAGUAACCUGCUCACCAGUCGAAAAGAGCUACCACCCAAUGGAGAUACAACAUCUAUGGUGAUGGACCAUCGAGGCCAACCUCCAGAGCUGGCAGCUCUCCCCACACCAGAGUCCACACCUGUGCUCCACCAGAAGACCUUGCAGGCCAUGAAGAGCCACUCAGACAAGGCCCACAGCCAUGGAGCUUUAAGGAAAGAAACCCCACAGUUUUUUCCUUCUAGUCCUCCACCUCACUCUCCAUUAAGCCAUGGGCAUAUCCCCAGUGCCAUUGUUCUUCCAAACGCUACCCAUGACUACAAUACAUCUUUCUCAAACUCCAAUGCUCACAAAGCUGAAAAGAAGCUUCAAAACAUUGAUCACCCUCUUACGAAGUCAUCCAGUAAGAGAGAUCACCGUCGUUCUGUGGAUUCCAGAAAUACCCUCAAUGAUCUCCUGAAGCAUCUAAAUGACCCAAAUAGUAACCCCAAAGCCAUCAUGGGGGACAUCCAAAUGGCCCACCAGACCCUAAUGCUGGACACCAUGGGACCAAUGUCUGAGGUCCCACCUAAGGUCCCUAAUCGGGAGGCUUCACUCUACUCUCCUCCAUCAACACUUCCCAGAAAUAGUCCAACCAAGCGAGUAGAUGUCCCCACCACUCCUGGGGUCCCAAUGACUUCUCUGGAAAGACAAAGGGGUUAUCACAAAAACUCGUCACAGAGGCACUCUAUAUCUGCUAUGCCUAAAAACUUAAACUCACCAAAUGGUGUUUUAUUAUCCAGACAGCCUAGUAUGAACCGUGGAGGAUAUAUGCCCACCCCCACAGGAGCGAAGGUGGACUAUAUUCAGGGGACACCAGUGAGUGUCCAUCUGCAGCCUUCCCUCUCCAGACAGAGCAGCUACACCAGUAAUGGCACCCUUCCUAGGACGGGACUAAAGAGGACACCGUCCUUAAAACCUGAUGUGCCACCAAAGCCUUCCUUUGUUCCUCAAACCACAUCUGUCAGACCACUGAACAAAUACACUUACUAGACCUCAAGUGUGCUAUUCCUGUGUGGCUUUAUCCUGUCCAUGUAGUUGAGAGGAUGAGGUCGUAAGGGUACCUUAAGACAAGAGACUUGCUGGUGUUUUAAGAGAAGCAAGUGGCCAAAGAAACUCUGUUAACUUUGGCGACAUCUGAACUUGCUACAUGUAGCUACUGCAGGAAGGCUUCUGUGUACUUGCCUGAAAACAAAGGAAGGUGCUGGGUACCCCGUUUCUUUUGUUUGAAGCUAAAGAGAUGUGUAGCUCUGAAGGGCUACCUUAACCAGUCUAAAGAGCCUAUACAGUACUCAGAAGAAUCUGUGAACAAAUACUUGAAAAUGGGUUCAAUUUAGACUGCCAUUAUGUGUGGUCUUCCCAUUAAAUGUGAACAAUUUAAUACGUAUGCAUUCACCUUGCCUCUUGCACAAAUGUCAAAAAAAGAUGGUAAUGUCUCAGAAAAAAAAAUGAACUUGUAGAUUACCAAGCAAUUUGCUAAAAAUUCAGUCUUUGACCCAAACUGUAGCAUUUUUUUCAUGUGUGGCCUUUUUUGUUUCAUGCCACCAACAAACUGUGUUGCAAGUGUGAGUGUGUGAAUGUGUGUGCAUGUGGGAGAGAGAGAGAGAGAGAGAGAGAGAGUAAGAGAGAGAGGAGAGAAUGAGAAUGUAUCUGUACUCACUAGGAUUUGUUUAGGUGCCCAGUGCAUCUUUUUGUGCUAUGGAGUUGUUUACAUUGAGCAUGACUGAACAAGAAACUCUAACUUCUUCCCACAUCAGUCCAUUGGGUUCAGCUCUGAGAAAGGAAUACAAUCAAAGCUCCUUGGACAGUCAAAACAAUGAACUCAACCUAUGUGGAACCCAAUGCCAGAAUGUAAGUUCCAAGUAAUUUCAUGCUGCUAUUCACUAAGACUUCUAUUCCAGUCUGGCCAUCUUAAGGAGCUAGAGCUAUUAAGAGGUAUCGUUGAUUUAUCCACCAGUAUUCAGUAGCAAAAUUUACCUGUCCACUGUGAAUCGAAGCCUGAGUCACAUUACUUAACCUUGGACACACUAAUGAGGGUUCAUUUUUAUUGUGUUGGGUUUGUUUUUCCCAUAGAGUAAAAAAUUUUCCUCCUUUAACUUCUCCUACCCCCAAGGCAAAAGAAAAAAAUACAGAACUAAAGAAAGACAUGGGAAAGGAAUUACAAUUGGCUUAGCAGGAAUAGUCUAUGAAAACCCAUCGGUGGUGCAGUCAUGUUGUCUAUGUUGUGUUACGUGAGAAAUUUCUCCUAAGUCAUGCAGGUAAUGACAAUAUACUGUAAAUACCACAUGUGAGUUUACCUGAAUCUGUGCAUUUCGUGCCUUAUUCAUGAGAAUGAUAGAAGUACUAAAAUAUGUCAAGUGGUUUUCAAUAUAGCACAUCACUUACUGAGUGCCAGUUGUAAAUGUUUUUCAACCAGCACCUGAAAAGACUUUCAAAAAAAUCAUAAAAGCAACGUAGAACAAUUAAUUGUUAAACAAUCCACCCAAAUAACAGCAUUAUAUCUUCCGCCAUGAUAAAGCAUUCCACUCCUGCUUUCCUAAGGAUAAAACCGAUAAUGUGAAGUCCAGUGUGGUUUCCCAGGGGAUGUGACACCUGUGGAGGCCAUACAGAGUCAGCUGUACGUAGUUUGACAGGAACCACUUAACGGGUGAUGAUGUGUAACCCCAAUGAUUAUUUCAGUUAAUAAUGCUGCAUACAACCCAAUCAUUUAUUGAGCCUAAUCUAGAGUACCAUGGCAGAGGAAGGCUCCUGACCUAGUCGGAAAAAUAACUUCACUGAUUUCUUGUGAUAACGCUGAUGGUAGAUUCUACUUGGGGGAGGAUAGGAUGCAGAAGACCAGAAUGAUUUUUAUACAGAAUGUAGAAUACUGAUACAAUUGUCUUUUUCCCUUGAAAAUGUUAUUUUACAAAGAACAUUUCCUGUGAUCUCUGGAAGCUCAAAAGCUAAACCACCUGUUCUUGAACUACUUCAGCUUUGUAACUAAAAUAUUACAGAUUAAUAAUAAAUUAAA